AUGCGUGCUGCUGGGCGCCAGAAUGUGCGUGAAGGACCUCCUGCUUGUGUCGUGGGUUCAAGGAGCGGGAGGGUGGCAUGGUGCUGUACACGCGCAGGGGUGCAGCAGGCAGCGUACCUAUACCGAUCACUCCCCCUGGUCCCCCUGCUUCCUUCACGAUCUGCAGCGGCACCCUCUGCCCUGGAAACUGCGAGCACCCCCGAUGCAGUCGCCCUGACAGAACACCCCACCUCUGCUGCACCGCGACGAUCAGGGCUCCCGCAGGCUCGGCCAGCUGGUGAUCCAGGGCCUCGUCAUCUGCUGUCAGCACGGCGGUCACGCCCUCCAGAGCCGCGCCGGCGCUGGGUGCCCCCCCCAGGCCCCUGCCGGAGAAGAGGAGGGUGA